GGUGAGUGAGACAGGCAGCAUGGAUGAUGUUCAGGUGAUGGAGUGGCAAGAAAUGAUUACCAUGGUGACUGAGGCAGAAAGGGUUCGAGAUCAGAGUCAUGAGAAGAAUGUCAUGGCCUUCAGAAUGAGCCACAUCGAGGAGGAGAGAGAGGGAGGACUUGGAAUUUCAUAGUAGGCAAGACCCAGUAGGCCCCUCUGAUUGCGAUGUUCUUGUGAAUGGAGAGAACAUGGGUGGAUGGUGGCCACAGCACAGUGCUGCAGAUACAGAUGGCUUGAGGUCUGUUGUUGAGGAGCUUGAACUAGAGAGAAACCAACUGCAGGAACAGAUUUUGGUCCUUGAGAAACAGUGCCAAGAUCUAGAGGACCGUCUGCAACUUCAGGCUCGCAUUGAAUUGCUACAGAAUGAAUCUGAGCGCCUGCAGGCACAGGUCGCCAACCUUCGCAGUCAGCAGAUAAGAGAGACAGAAAAGCAUCAGCUACUCAUUGCCAGCCUGAACAAACAACUCAAAGGACUGAGCAGCACACAGGAGUGUCUGGAGUCCUCGCUCAUGGAAAAGGAGCACACGCUUGCCAGAACCUCAGAGAAACUGGAAUUUAUUGACAGUCUGAGAGAGGCUUUAGAAACAAAACAAAAACAAGAAACAACUGAAAAACUGCUUCAGACUGAACACAAUCUGGCUGAAGUUACAAAGACAUGCAGCACCUUUGAGAAGGAAAACUCAGAGAUGAAAGCAACUGUUGCAGAACUGACACUCAAACUCAGUGUGAUGAAAGACAAGAUCCAGAAACAAGAGACAACUAUAGAAUCAUUGCAGAAUGAUCUGGUUCAAACAAACGAUGAUCUCGACAGACUGAACGCUGCACAUCUAGAAGAAAGAGCACAACUGGUUCAUGACUUGCAGAGAUGUGAGCGUGAAAUCGAUAGACUUCAAGAUGUCAUCACUGAUAAGGACAAAGAUAUAUUGGCACUAACAUCCAGUACAGCAGAAUAUUCAGAGCAAAUUCAUGAACUAAAACAGGAAAUGAAGUUCAAAGAGAAUGUGCUGACUAAAAUUGAACAGGAUGUUCAAAUCUUUAGAGACCCACAGCUUUCUGACCAACAGUUCUUUAAUGUCCUAAUACCUCAGCUGAUUGAACAGUUGAAGAGAACUGAAACUGAUCUAAAAGUAUCGAAAAAAGACGUUGAGUCAAAGAGUAAUGACAUUAAAGACUUAACCAAGCAAACAGAAGAGGACAAGAAAACAAUGCAGGAUCUCCGCAUGGAAAUACAGAAGCUGAAUAUGAAUCUCAAAGACCAGCUAUUGGAUAGAGAACAAGUGCAUGAAAAAGACUCUUUCCUGGAUGAACGUAAUAAGUUGCUUGCUGAAGUCAGCAAACAUGAAAGUGAGCUUUUAAUGUUCUCUAGAAAACUUGAGGAGCAGGUUGAAUGUCAAGAACAGCUUAAGAAAGAUGUCCAAGAUAAGUCGAAGAUAAUAUCUGUAUUGGAGUAUAAGCUGAAGAUUGUUCAAGAGGAGACAGUAGCUGAGAGAGAUAGAUUUAACAAAGAGCUUAAGAUUCGAAAUGAAGCCAAAGAAAACCUGGAGAAAGACUUGUCUUAUAAAAUUGCGAGUAUUCAAUCUGUGAAUAAUAACAAUCAGAAACUUCAGGAAUCGCUUGAGCAGACUUUGGGAGAGCUUGCAAGACAAAAGCAGCACCUGGAUAAUGCUAAGGAGCAAAUGCAAGCUGUGCAAGAUCAGAAUUACAACUUGAUUUUACAAGUCGAAAAUCUCACUAAUGACAAUUGUCAAUUGAAGAGAGAAAUUGAGGCUAGCAUCCAGUCCCUCUCUGAUGUUUCAGAAGAAAAGAAAAGACUGGCAAGCAAAAUAUCUGAAGUUGAACAGCAGCUUUCAGAAAGUGUUAAAACAAUAGAACACUUGCAAAGAGAUAAGGAAGAGCUAACACUCAAAGGAAAUGAAUUGAACAAAGAACUUGAGCAAAACAAACAUUCAAUGGCUAAUAUAUUUUUAGAAAAAGAUGGCAUUGUUGGACUCCAUGAGACAUUGAGCAGGCAACAUCAACAAUUACAAGAAAUGUUGGAAGAGAAACAAAAAGAAGUGCUUACACUAGCCCAAGUUAUGUCUGAGAUGAAUAACAAGGUUGCAAAAUCACUUGAAGAAAAUGACAAACUUGCUUCUAAAAUUGCUAGUCUUGAUGAACAGAAUAUGUACCUUCAGAAACAAACAAAUGAACAGAUGAAGUCACUCACAGAAACAACCAAGGAGAGGGAGAAUCUACAAAACAAAAUCUUGAUUUUUGAAACACAAGACGUGGAAAACCGUAAAAGCAUAGAAGGCUUGCUUAAACAAAAGGAAGAUUUGCUUUUGCAAGUAGAGGAGCACAACAAUAUAGAAAACAAACAGCAGUCUGGAGCUGAGACCUUGCAGGAAAAGUCUUUAGAAUGUGCAGCCCUCUCAAAAUGUCUCGGGGAGACCAAAGAGGAAGUAUAUCAUCUUAGGAGAGAACUUGAAUCCACCACUUCUCAAGUCCUUCAAUACAAACAUAUUGUUUUUGGAAAAGAAAAGACCUUAACAGACCAAAGUACACAAAUGGAAGCUUAUCAGCACCAACUCAAGCAAUUACAAGAUAGUCUUUCUAUUCUUCAAGAACAAGCUAGUAAUUAUAAAUCAGGUCUGACAGAGAAAGACACACUGCUGCAGAAAGAAUCAAAUUCAUGUUGUUUGCUACAAAACGAACUUAGUCAUGAAAGAGAACUUGUUUUUAUCCUUCAACAAGAGAUGAGUUCUCAGAAAAUGGAGUGUUCCAGACUGAACCAGACUUUGGAAGUGAAAGAAAGCGCUUUAAGAGAGAAAAAUCUUGAAUGCCACAAUCACUCAGAUGAAUUGUACAGAAGAAAUGAGUCGGUGCUUUCUCUAACUAGUCAGCUUGGUAUUAUGAAUGAAAAUAUUGUGAAGCUUGAAUCUGAUAAUGCACAUUUAAAAGGCACUUUAGAGGAGCAUUUAGCAGAAAAUAUAAGAUUAAAAGAGGAGCUCAAACAGGAACAAACAGAGGUUGUGGAAUAUCAAGAUAAUUUCCAGGCAAUGAAUGACCAAAACAUUAUAAUUAAAUCUGAACUGAAGAAUUCAAUGGCAGAAAUAUUUAGACAACAAGAGAUGACCACAUCCCUACGAAAGGAAUUGGAAAGUAAAAGAGUCGAACUGGCAUCUUUGGCAGAACAGUUAGAAUCCAAACACUCUCAACUUGAAGCUUUACAGCUUGCUCUGCAAGGGAAAGAGGAAGUUUUCAGAACACAGGAGAUGUCUGUAAAUAAGUUGCAAGUCAAACUGUUGGAAAGUGAAAGUCAAAUCACCCAGAAAAUAACAGUGAUCUCUGAGCUACAUGAAGAAGUUCAGAAUUUGCAGACAGCUUUGCAAGAAAAAGAUAGGUUUCUGUUAAAUAAAGAUAAAGAGUUUUCUCUGGUUAAAAAGACGUUAAUGGCACAAUCAGAAUCAUGA